UAAGGGACUCAACACUCUAUUGGUUCACCUAUGACCUCUACAUGUAUGGAUAUGAUUUUGUACAGAAGCAAUGGUUUUCUUCUGAAGAACCUCUUAAGGAAGAGAAAGAGAAAGAGAAAGAGGAGUUAUGGAGUCUCACUCAGCCUAUGGAUAAUUUUUUCCAUUGUCCUGCAUCACCAAUUUUGGUUGACCUUUAUGAUGACGAUGCAAGUUUCCUGGUGAUUGUCCCUGCAACAGUAGAAAAAUUAGGAGUGGCAUUCCUUGCUGUCUCCAAAUGCACACGCACUUACUCUUUAACUGUGUCCCUGAAGUCAUCCCACGCUUUAUCUCCUACACCUACUCCUACUCCUGAUGAUCCUCCUUAUUUCUUUCCCACCGAUGCCAUGGCAAUAUUAAAGAAUAUUGGGCCAAGUACUUUGCGUGGACAAAGCAGUUCUGCAAUGGAGAUCUAAGGGUUGAGGUGUUCCGUUCAGGCCAAUGCUGUGCAACUUUAAAUUUUUGAGUUUUGUACUUCAGCUGGAUGCAUGUGUGGUACUAAGUGAUAGACCUGCAGAUGUUGUAUUAAACUAUAUAUUACUGGGUUCCCUUCACUAGAUACUACUCUUUAAAGUGUUCCAACAAUUUAUCCUUCUUUGUAUUGGUUUAUGCUUUAGGGUAUUUAGUAGAAAGUUUUUACGUUUCUUGUGCUAUUACUAGGCAGGAAAGUAGACUUAUAUUCAGUGUCCAGGAAUGAACAAAGAUUGCCAAUCUUGAUUUUA